AUACACACAAGUAAGCCAAAUUGGAUCGGUUGUGUUGUGCGCGCAGCUACGUUGUUUGUGCGCCAAUUGCUGCCAUUUCUCAUCGUCUAAUUUCGACCAAAGUGAAGCAAAGAAGAGAACGAAACAGAACCCCCCCAAAAAAAAAAACAAGAACUAUAGCCAAUAAAACGAAAAGAAGUAUAAAAAUUGAUUGAAAGUGGAGAGCGGAAAAAAGAAUUGAUUGACCAUUGGCAGCUGCUUGCAUUGGACCAUCAGAAAGAAGAAGACAAAAAAAAUCGAGUGAGUGCACGACCACAGACAAACGGGAAAUGUUGGUUUUUUUCUGGUCAUUUUGAUUGAACUCUAAUGUUAUUAGUUCUUCUCCGUUCUCCAAUUAUGCGUAUGCCAAUCUGAAAACACCAUACGAAGAAGAAAGAAAAUAAAUCGCUAGAGACAUGUCGCGAUGGAAAGAAUUUUGAACGAUUUUUCUUUUAUUCAGUUGCUUUUUAUUUAUUCUUCAAUCCAUAAAUUCGAAUGGAAAAUUCUUUGCCAAUUGAUUUAAUAGUGAAAUUUUGUUUGUAAAAUUGGUUUUUGUUCUUAUUUUUUAAAAUUCAUUUCGAUGUUUUUUUUUUGUUUGCAUUCGGUCAUUAUUUCGCCUUUAUGUGUGACAACUUCCGAGUAGGACAGAACGCACGAGCUCGUAUAUAGAAGAAGAAGUUUUUUUUUUUUGAUAAAAGUGAAUUCGCAUACAGAGGAACAAUCCGACGGACAAAACAGGGAAAAAUAAAGUGUGUUAUUUUUUGGUGGUCGCAUGGUAAUGCGUAAGUGAGUGAAAGAGGCAAGCGAAAACAAAAUAGAGUCAACAACACAUACAUUAAUUGGCAUUCGACGACGACGACCACGACGGCGACGGCGACGGCGACGACGAAAAAAAAACACAACAAUAUAUUUAGUGUUGAUGAUGUGACAGCGGCUACACUCUAAGAAUUCGACGAACAAACGGGAUUUUAUUGAAUUUAAGCAGUUCGAUAGAAUUUCUCGCUUGCUCUCUCUACCUCGGAGCAAUACGUGGACAACAAACAACACGAAUUGAUUGGACUGCUUGAAAUCAAACAACUAAACCACACACACAACUCUUUUUUUUUUGGUUUUGUUCUCCUUUUUUUCUUUGGUCGACAAACAAUUAAUUUAUUGAAUUCAACGAGCGCGCACGCAGCAAAAAUAAUAAACAUAAAUAAAUCCGAUCUUCCAAGAUGUCAGACUGUUCGGAUAUGGAAUAUUCCUCGGAUAACGAGUGCGAAUAUGAUGACUACUAUAACACAGGCACUGAAGAUAUAGACAUCGAACACCAUAACGCUUUAAAAACGGAUCCAGAAAGUUUUCUAUUUGAAUGUUUGUCCGUCGAAGAUGUUGAUAAAUUGUUAAAUGAAUCGAUUGAAUGUCUAUGCAAUACAAUAAACUGUGUACCAUCGCUGGCUAAAACACUGCUACUGGAGCAUCGAUGGAACGUUAAUGAAAUUAUAAAAAAGUAUCGUGAUGAUCCCACGGAGCUUCUGACAUCGGCCCGAAUAAAGCCAGAGAUUAUUCAUAGCACAGCCCAACCAAAGGAGACGCCAACAGCGUCAGCUACAACAGUGUCAGCCACAUUGUCUUCGACGAUGACGUCGACGAUGACGACGACGACGACGAUGUCAUCGUCACCGGAUAGUAGCGUUCAUUCGAACACACUUAGUUGUAAAUCGUCAUUAGGUAGUCGAUCUCAAACCGGUGACAGUAAUCGACUUUCGAGCGACAGCGCGACGAUGGCAACAGUAACAACAACAACAACAACAACGGCGACGACGCUCGAAAUUCGGCCAAAUCAGUUGAUGUGUUCGGUUUGUGCUGCCUAUCAAACGUUUGAGAAAUUCCAUUCAAUUCCAUGUGGUCAUUCAUACUGCCGCGAUUGCUGGUCGACGCAUUUCGAGACGCAAAUCAAUCAGGGCAUUUCAACGGGAAUCGGUUGCAUGGCGACACACUGUAAUGUAUUGGUGCCUGAAGAUUUGGUGUUAACGCUAUUAAGUAAGCCAAAUAUGCGUACAAAGUAUCAGCAUUUUGCAUUUCAAGACUAUGUCAAAUCACAUCCGGAACUGCGAUUUUGUCCAGGACCAAAUUGUCAAGUGAUAAUCCGUAGCAAAGAGUUGAGCCCAAAAAAGGCAACAUGUGAUACAUGCAAAACGGUCUUCUGUUUCCUGUGCGGUAUGGACUAUCAUGCGCCGACCGAUUGUAAAGUGAUCAAAAAAUGGCUGACCAAAUGUGCGGACGACAGUGAGACCGCCAAUUAUAUUAGUGCACAUACAAAAGAUUGCCCAAAAUGUCAUAUAUGCAUCGAAAAGAAUGGUGGCUGUAAUCAUAUGCAAUGCUUUAGUUGUAAACAUGAUUUUUGUUGGAUGUGCUUGGGCGAUUGGAAAUCACAUGGUUCCGAAUAUUAUGAGUGUUCACGGUACAAAGAAAAUCCAAACAUUGCCCACGAAUCGGUGCAUGCACAGGCACGUGAAGCUCUAAAAAAGUAUUUACAUUAUUAUGAACGCUGGGAAAACCAUUCGAAAUCGUUUCAAUUGGAACAACAAACGCUCGAUCGCCUAAAGCAACGCAUCAACGAAAAAGUUAUGAAAGGCCUAGGCACAUGGAUCGAUUGGCAAUAUUUAUUUACAGCCGCUUCGUUGUUAGCUAAAUGCCGAUACACAUUGCAAUACACAUAUCCAUAUGCAUAUUUCAUGGAAUCUGGACCAAGAAAAUCACUAUUUGAAUACCAACAGGCUCGUCUCGAAAGUGAAAUAGAAAAUUUAUCGUGGAAAUUUGAACGUGCCGAAACCACAGAUCGGGCCGAUCUUGAAAAUCAAAUGGAUAUUGCUGAAAAACUACGAAUUACCCUUCUAAAAGAUUUUUUCGCUACAUGCGCAUAGAAAAAUACAGUAAAACAUGAAACACUCUGAAGAACAACAACAACAACAACAUACACCGCUUGCAACAAUUUAUCCAGGACUGAAAAUCCUUCAGUGAUUUGCAUUAUAUUAAAGUAAUUUGAAACAAGAACAACAACAACAACAACAAAAAACAUUUUAAUGAGAUAAGAUUUAAAACAAUUUAAAAAACAAAAUGGAAGAAAAAAACAAAACAAAAUAAAAUGUAACAUUCAAUCUCAAUCGAUUUGUACAAUAUUUUAAUUCUAUUGAUGUCAUUUUAGUUGUAUCAUUGUUCCAAAAUACGAUGUCAAUUCUCGAAAUAAAAUGAAAACAAUAUGAAAUUUGAAGAAAAAAAAAAGAGUCGCAAAUGAUCAAUUGAUCGAAGAUGUGUUUUAUGUUAUGACAAAAUAAAUAAGAUUGAAAUGUUUAUUUAAA